AUGUCCUUCCUCGCAUACUUAUAUCGCAAAGUCGUGGUGCUUCUACUGAGGGCCAUUGUUGGUCGGAGGUCACCCAUACCAAAGCCUGAUGACAUCUACCAGAUCCAGUCCCGAGAUUCCCAAAGAAACAUUAAGGCACAUGUCUACAAUCCGGGAGCUGCAUCGAAACCUUGCUCAGUCUUGAUCAACUUUCACGGAAGUGGAUUCGUCUUUCCUUUCCAUGGGCAGGACGAGGAAUUCUGUCGGUUGAUGAGUCAAAGGACGGGGUAUACGGUUCUCGACGUUCAGUAUCGUCUCGCUCCAGAAAAUCCUUUCCCUGCGGCACUUAACGACGUGGAGGAUGUUGUCAAUUGGGUCCUCCGGCAGCCAGAGAGGUUCGACCGUGCUCGAAUUGCACUUUCGGGCUUCAGCGCGGGAGGUAACCUCGCUCUAGCAGCCUCGUCGACUCUCUUCCCUCGCGAGACAUUCCACGCCGUUCUAACCUUCUACCCGCCCGUUGACCUGUAUACCGAGCCCGGGUCCAAAACCGCGCCAGACCCCACUGGAAAGCCUCUUCCCGCGCCUUUGGCACGGUUCUUCGACCAAUGCUACAUCCCUUCAUCGCAUGACCCGAAAGAUCCCCGAAUUUCACCAUACUAUGCCCAGCCUGAUUGUUUUCCAGAUCGCGUACUCAUCAUAACGGCAGCUGGGGACAGCUUGGCGCCCGAGGCCGAACAACUAGCGGUGAAAAUAAGAGAGGAAGCCGGCCGCGAGGUGGUUUCUGCGAGGAUGGAUGGCUGCAAUCACGGCUGGAACGUUUCGCCCAAGAACGCGGUGGAACGGGAUGCGAGAGACAAGGCAUACGACAUGGUCGCUGCCAUGCUGAAUGGGCGGUGAUAGCUUUCGCUUCUAGUCAGAGUACGGAGUAGGGAUGAUCGACUUGCGGUGAACCAAGCCUUUGCCGCUGGAUGCACGUCCCUUCGUCAGACUUGAAGUCAGCGCAAUAAGCCGGCAAGCUGCGGGGCAUGAUCCAGGAUGGCCCGGGGAGAAGCAUCAGGAUUCGAGGGAU